UCAAUAAACAGUUUAACACAUUCACACACAAGUACCGUUUUGAAAAUGGGAGAUGACCGGACAAGUACACCAAACUCCGGCGAGACCGAACCAGAGACGUCCCCGGAGACGUCAUUAUCAUCAGAGUUCGAGUUUGGAUCAUUGACUCCCUCUUCUCCAUCACAAGACCCCUUCUCGGAGAAUUCUCCCGCCGAUCACCUUUUUCUCAACGGCCGUCUUUUACCUCACUUUUUCCCGACGAGCACGACGACGACACGCUCAGUUUCACGUACGACCAGCGAAAACACUUUCCGGAGCAACAGUUCGAGCAGUGAUAGUAGCAGCCCGACGUCUUACACUCCAAGAACAAGCACUUGCAAUAUCUUCAAGAUCACGAGUUCGAGCGAAAGGGACAAAACUAAGUUAGCAUGUUUCGGUCCUCGCUCCGAGAACGAGGAGAUAAUGGGCCUAAGGUCCGGAAUCUGCCGUAGGAGCAAAGAAUAUUAUCAGAAUCAUCAUUACAAGCCAUCUUUAAUAUUGGAUCCAAAGAAGAAACCACCGACGAGGAACAAUGGUAAAACCGUUAACACUUCAACUACUACGAAAAAGGUUUCGUAUUUGCCGCAAUGCAAGAGGAAGAAGGCGACGGAGAUCGUGACGGCACAGCUUUACGGGUCAUAUUCACGGGGGUGGCAGCAUAUAACUCCGGUGUUUAAAAGAGAAGGAUCGGUGAAAAGUAACGGAGGAGGGAUUAAGGUCGGUGGAAGGAAGAAGAAGAAGAAGAAGACGACGAUGAAGGAGAAGAGGACGAAGAAGGUGGAAGAGAGAAGAGGAAUGAGUAAGUUGAUGAAGUGGUGGAAGAGGAUUUUAAAAGCGGUCGUGUUUGCUUGCAGGGAGUGUCAUGCCAUGGAACCUCAAAUACUUGCGAAUCAUGAUGCUGAUGUGAAGAAGAAAAUAAUUAAAUGUCCAUAAUCAUAAUUUCAAUGUUUUUUUUUAAAUCUAUUUGA